AUGAGUAUACCACCACUCAGCAAUGCACUGCAAACUAAAUCGGAACUUCCAAUUCACAAAUACAAAAAAGAAAUUUUAGAUGCAAUUGAUGCAUCUCAAGUUAUUAUAAUCUCGAACGAAACAGGUUCGGGUAAGUCAACACAGGUCCCGCAAUUCAUCAUUGAAGAUGGUUGUGAAAAAAACAAAAAAACACGGAUAAUUUGUACUCAGCCGAGGAGAAUAGCAGCGACAUCAAUUGCGAAAAGAAUUUCCGAGGAAAGGAACGAACAUAUAGGUGGUACUGUCGGGUAUCAAAUUAGGUUUGAUCGUUGUGUCAAUAAGACAACAAAUUUAACUCUGACAUCAAGUGGUUUCUUGCUUAGGUGCCUAACCACAUCAAAACCAGAGAAUUUGUACCAAAAUAUUACACACCUCAUAUUAGAUGAGGUACACGAACGAGAGCAAACUACCGAUUUUCUUUUCAUUCUGGCCAAAGAGGCCAUUAAAUGGCAUCCCAAUUUAAAAAUAAUUUUGAUGUCGGCCACCAUGGAUUGCAAAAAAUUCGACGAUUAUUUUGGUGGAUGCCCAAUUAUAAACGUACCGGGACGACUGUUUGAUGUUGACAUUCUUUAUUUAAAUGACAUCAUAGUUAAUACUGAAUUUGAGAACAAUGCAAUGGACGCACUUAUUUCCAAUCAAAAUGAGCUAUUGUUGAAUGUCAUCAAACGAAUACAUACAAAAGAACCAACGCACCAAAGCAUUCUUGUCUUUUUACCCGGCUAUGAUGACAUUAUGGCACAAAAAAGACAAAUCGAAACCAAAUCGGAAAUGGAAAACUAUCAAAUUUUCAUUUUACACAGUGGAAAUCUCGAUCAAUCUCGUGUCUUUAAUCCAAUGUCAAACGGAAUUCGAAAAAUUAUUUUAAGUACAAAUAUAGCGGAAACAUCGGUCACAAUAGAAGAUGUUGUGCACGUAAUAGACGCGGGAAAAGCCAAAGAAAAACAAUACGAUCCGUUGACUGAAUCAUCAGGUUUGAUCUUGAAAUCCAUAUCCAAAGCUUGUGCCAAACAAAGAGCCGGGUGCGCCGGAAGAACCCAAAAUGGUUAUGCGUAUCGUCUGUAUUCACUUCAACAAUAUGAAGAAAUGGAAGAAUAUACUCUUCCUGAAAUACAGCGCAUCCCACUAACGGAAAUUUGUCUCAAGACGAAAAUAUUGGCUCCAUAUAUAUCUAUUGAAAACUUUUUGAACAAGGGUCUGGAACCACCACCACGUGAAAACAUUCGACAGAGCAUUGAGCUAUUGAAAAAAAUCGAUGCUUUGGAUACAGAUGAAAGGCUGACUUAUUUGGGCAAUCAUUUGAUCAAUAUGCCAGUUGAUUCUCAGUUGGGAAAAAUGAUUUUAUAUUCCAUUGCUUUACAAUGCAUUGAUCCGGUUGUUACAAUCGUUAGUGGAAUAUCACACCAAGAUCCGUUUGUACUUUCGUUUGAUCAAACGAAUCAGCAAGAAGAAGCAACCGAAACGACUGAUGAAAUCAGAAAAGAAUUCAUUUCUCCUAUUCAUGUCAUUUUAUUUGCUGGACCCGCACAUUUAAGCCAUACAAUUUUAUCAAAACUUGAUAGUUCCGGAAAUGAUAUCAAUGCAUUGACUGACGAUAACACCACACGUUUCAAUUUAAAUGAUGAUUGGACCAGUUUUAAUCAUAUGUCAUUCCAGCCCGACAUUGAUGAAUUGAAAAUGUUGGAGACUCUUUGUAAUUUUAUUAAAGAAGAGGAUGAAGUGGAAAAGCGGAAGAAGAUCGAAAAAUUCCAGCUUAAAAAGGACUCGAUUAGUAUGGAUACAAUUGAAAACUUUUUCAAUGAGCCGAAUGUCAUGUGGAAGUGA